AUGGGAAAGGACAAAUUCCUCCACACUCCUCCACAAGCUUCAAGAAGCAAGCUGAACCAAAGAAGUUCAAAUGGAAGUGCCACAAGUGUGGCAAGAUGGGCCACAAAGCUAAUGUUUACUGUAGCAAAGCUGGUCCAAGUGAAGACAAAGGAAGUCUCAAGCUCACCUCACAGAAGAAGACUGUGUGUUGUGGUCACUGAAGUCAACAAUGUUGAGGACAACCCAAGGGAGUGGUGGUAUGACACAGGUGCCACUACCCACAUCUGCAAUGAUAGGGACAUGUUUAGUACCUAUCAGAAAUGCAACAAUGGAGAACGCCUAUUGAUGGGAAACACUGGUUCUUCCAAGAUUGAGGGUCGAGGCAAAGUUGUGCUGAAGAUGACCUCGGGAAAUAAUCUGAUUUCUGGUACGCUUAUGAGUAAGGCCGGAUUUGCUACCAAUUUCGAGUCUGACAAGCUUGUGCUCAAGAAACAUGGGUUUACUUGGGGAAAGGGGUAUGUUAAGGAUGGACUUGUCAAAAUGUGUGUCAUGCCAGUCAUCCGAAACUGA